CUCCCGAUUUUUAAACAACUUUAGUGAUGGCGCUGUAAUUGAAAAUAAAGUUGCUGUGAAGUUAACCAACAUUAAUUAUUCUAACAUUUGGUCGUGUCUCGACAGGACACGAUUGAAGUAUGAGUUCAGAAGCGACUCUAAGUUCCACGAGCAAGGUUCAAGUAGCUGCAGAUAUUGUCACAGAGUUCCUGGAAGUUGCCAUCCAUUGCAUUCUUCAUCACCGAGAUCUUUACCCUGCAGGAGUGUUUGAGGCACGAAAGAAGUACAAUGUCCCCGUGCAGAUGUGUCUUCAUCCCGAUGUCAUCCAGUACAUUACCAAUAUUCUUGAAAGUAUCAAAUUACUGUUGGAAGCACAGGAAGUUAACCGAGUAGGACUGGUCAUUCUUGACUCCAAACAGACCCCGAUAGAACGUUUUGUCUUUGAAAUUGCUUAUCCUUCCCUCUUAUCAGGCUUUGGUUGUGAUAUUCUACUGACUGAGUUGGAGCAAUCCCUAAGGGCAUUCCUGUUGAAGAUAAAUGUCUGUGAUGCACUGCUGAAACCUCUUCCUCAAGAUGUCACCUGGGUUAUCCAUAUUCAUACCUGUGACUCUGCCAUGUUAAGACUGGAAGAAAAACAGAUUCUAAAGAAUUUUCCUUGGAUUGAAGCUGAAGAAAAACAGAAAAACAUGUCCAAUUCGUCGCUGGUGCCAAUGAAGACUGUGAAUUCAGAUAUUGUGAAGAUGCAAUUAUUUGUUGAGGAGAGUUCUUUGAAACGGAAGCUGGACACUUGAUGAAUAAAUACCAAGAGAAUUGUAUUUUCUCUUCAAACAGAAGAAAGACCAUUUGCCGAUGUGUGUGUGUGUGUGUGUUGUUGUUGUUGUUGGGAUAGCGUCUUUGUACAAAAGCUUUGUCAUUGGAUAACACAUGCUUGUUGUUGUUGUUGCUGUUGUUAAAGUGUGAUUUCAAAAAAAAAAAAAAAGAGAGAAACAAAAGAAGCCCCCUCCCCUCCAAACUGACCAUUUAUCACAGUAAUCAGUGAAAUCAUUUUAGUCUGGGACUAAAUCACUUCGAAGCCGUCUUCUGUGAGAGAACAAACUAGAAACCUCAUUAAUUAUGCCAUGUUGAUCAGACGUGUUACCAAAGUAAGUGUCUGUAUAUAUUCGUGUACCUAAAUAACAUAAAUGUACUUUGAUUUUAUCCA